UGACAUGCUGUGUAGUACAGAAUGUAAUUUGGGAGGGACGGUUUUAUUUCGAGCACGGUCACGUGGGUGUUGGGAGAGUUGACGAGUUGCGCGUGAAGUGUGGAAAGACGUGUCGUAUAACCUCUGUGUUAGAUUUGAAAGUUUGCGUUAAUUAAAAAAUUUAUGAUUUAAAACACACAGAGAGAGAGAGAGAGAGAGAGAGAGAGAGAUUUUGAGUUGAGAUUGUGCGUUUGUAUUGAAAAAGGCAGUAGAAUUUAUAUUCCUUUGUAAAUCUUCACCUCUGAGUCUGGAAGGUGCUGAGAAAGAAAUCGCUUUUUCUUCACAACCUGUAAAGAGCACGAGCUACCGGUUUCAGAAGGAUGUAAACACGCCUGAAGCAGCGCGCGCGCACACACGUGCGCACUGUUGAGAAGCCGUGCUGCUGUUGUAAGCAGAGCUGGCACAGACAGUGAGAUCCGCUUCCUGUGCGCGCGCUUCUCACUCACAGCGCGACAUUAAUGCGGGCUGAGGAAGCCGCGAGACAACUCCGAGUUUAAACUGAUUUGUGAAAGACUUUGGACGUUUGUGUUUUCGCUUCAGCGCGCAGUGCAGUGCACGUGAGGAGUAAAGCGAACCCGGAGGAAGCGCACUUUGCAGUUUGUCGGAAGUGUUUGCACUGGGGCAUGUUUGCACUGUGCGUCUGGCGGGAAACCUGUUUCGCGUCCUGUUUCCCCGUGAAGCGUCGCGUGGAAGUGUGAGCGGCGGCGACGCACGCAUGAGCCGCGCGCUCGGAGCGGCGCGCACUCUCGGCCGGCUCCGGUGAGGACAUGCCGCGCGACCGCGGCGUAGACGAAGGCGCUUCCGGCAGCGUGCGCCUCGAAACACGCGGCACGGAGGACGUGGAACGGGGCGGCGGGGUCGCGCGGCGCCCGGGUACGGACGGACGGCGGGGAGAGCGCGGCGCCCGCCUCAGCCUGCUCGGCAAGCCGCUGGUAUAUGGCGCGCAGUGUGGCCGCAGGAACGCGCGCUACCGCCGUUUGCAGAACUGCCUGUACAACGUGCUCGAGCGACCGCGCGCCUUGGCGUUCGUCUAUCACGCGCUUGUGUUUGUGUUGGUGUUUGGCUGCUUGGUGCUGUCCGUGUUCUCAACCAUUCCUGAACAUCAAGAAAUGUCAUCACGUGCUCUGUUCAUAUUGGAGUUUGUGAUGAUUAUUGUGUUUGGGAUGGAGUACCUCGUGCGGAUCUGGUCUGCAGGCUGUUGCUGCCGGUAUCGGGGAUGGCAGGGACGACUGCGGUUUGCCCGAAAGCCGUUCUGCAUUAUAGACAUCAUUGUACUGAUUGCAUCGGUCGCCGUGGUUUCGGCCGGUAGCCAGGGCAACAUCUUUGCCGCGUCAGCACUGAGGAGCAUGCGCUUCCUGCAGAUCUUGCGCAUGGUGCGCAUGGACCGCCGCGGAGGCACAUGGAAGCUUCUGGGAUCUGUAGUUUACGCACACAGCAAGGAGCUUGUGACUGCCUGGUACAUCGGCUUUCUGGUGCUCAUCUUCGCCUCCUUCCUCGUCUACCUUGUAGAGAAGGACUUGAAUAAGGAGUUUUCUACGUACGCUGAUGCACUCUGGUGGGGCACUAUUACUCUGACCACUAUUGGCUAUGGAGAUAAGACUCCCAAGACAUGGACGGGCCGCUUGCUGUCCUCAGGCUUCGCGCUGCUCGGCAUCUCCUUCUUCGCUCUGCCUGCGGGUAUCCUGGGUUCAGGUUUCGCUCUUAAAGUCCAAGAGCAGCACCGACAGAAGCACUUUGAGAAGAGAAGGAAUCCUGCAGCUUGCCUCAUCCAGUGUGUUUGGCGUAGCUAUGCGGCUGAUGAGAACUCGGUUUCCAUUGCUACCUGGAAGCCACAUUUAAAGGCGUUGCAUACCUGCAGUCCUACAAAGAAGGACCAAGCGGAGACCUCGACAAAUCAGAAGCUGAGCUUUAAAGAUCGUGUAAGGAUGGCUAGUCCUCGCGGUCAGAGCAUCAAGAGCAGACAGACGUCCGUCACAGACCGGCGUUCCCCGGGCGCCGAGAUCAACGCCGACAGCUCGAGUCCAAUCAAAGUGCAGAAGAGCUGGAGCUUCAACGACCGCACUCGCUUCAGACCCUCUCUCCGCCUCAAGAGCCAGUCCCGCUCCACCACCGAUGGUGAGGCUAAUAUGGCACCAGAGGAGGGCAUCGAUGAGAAAGGCUGUCACUGUGAGAUCUCCGCUGAGGACUUGUUACCAGCAGUGAAGACCGUCAUCCGAGCAGUCCGGAUCAUGAAGUUCCACGUGGCAAAAAAGAAGUUUAAGGAGACGCUGCGUCCGUAUGACGUUAAGGACGUGAUCGAGCAAUACUCAGCAGGACACCUAGACAUGUUGUGCCGGAUUAAAAGUUUACAGACGAGAGUGGACCAGAUCCUGGGGAAGGGGCAGGUCCCUGUAGAUAAGAAGCUGAGGGAGAAGAUGCUGUCUGAUGGGGAUCUGCUGGAGGACGUCAGCAUGUUGGGGAGGGUGUGUAAAGUCGAGAGGCAGGUACAGUCUAUUGAAUCCAAGUUGGACUCGUUGCUGGACAUCUACCGGCAGGUCCUACAAAAAGGCACCUCCUCGGCUCUCAGCCUGUCCUCUCUGCCCCUGUUUGAGCUGGCACAAACAACAGACUACCCAAGUCCAGUCUUUACCAAGGAUCUCUCCUCUCCCUCGCAGUUCAGCCAAAUGAGUGGCUCCAACUUCCCCCGGGGCUUCCAUGUCAUCUUGGCUCCCAAUGAGUUCAACUUCAACUUGAACAAUUCAUCAGGGUCUCCCUCUGUAGAUGACAAGCUCAGUUCUGCCUCACCAUUUAGCCCAUGUCCGCUUCAGCCUCUUGCCACACCCACCACAGAUUGCCCACCUGCUUUCAUGGCAAACAAUGUUCACCCUGGUGGGGUGCAUUUUCCCAGACUCGCCAGCCCUCCCCCACCCCCUCUGGCGUCUACACGGUUUCAGCUGCCCCUGUUACCACCUCAGUCAGGCCAAGUGAACAACAGAUCAACCCAAUCUCAAUCCAGUCCUUCUGAUCAUUUCCCACCCUCCUAUUCAAACAGAUCCCUGCAGGACUUGGCACCAAGCGUUAGAAAUCGGCCCAGCGCCAAAGAGGACACUUCCUGGAGGAGACUUAUGAGCCCAGAGAUGGGAAUGGAGGUGGAUCCUCUGGUGGAGCUCUCACCCUCUUCAGUGUCAGAUGGAGGAGACCAGGCUGUGGGAAAGUCCUUCUCUGUCCAGGACCUCAUUGGGAUUCCAGAGGUUGAUGGUCACCACAGCCUCUCAGCCAGCAGCAGCCAGGACUCUUUGGCUGCAGAGAGUGAAAUGGGAGGAGGUGGCUGGGCCGAGGCUGAUCUCUUCAUUGCAGAUGGAGACCUGGAGAACUCAGUUCAGUCUCGGCCCCCGGGCUUUGGCUUCCUGGCACAGCCUGCUGCAAAUUCCAAUUUCUCCUCUGAACUUUUGAGGACAGGGACAGCAACGAGGGAUGGCCUCAGCCUAUCGCCCAAAAUGGGUGGUACGCAACCUUUCAUUAUGCCACACAUUCGGCUAAAACAAUAAGUCGUGGACAUGACGAACUCUCAUUAGACUUGAUCUUCUUGAAGGACAUAACUUGCUUGAAAGCUUUGUCUUAUUUUAAAGUAUUUUAUUUUAGAAGCUGGAAAUGGGAGCUUGGAAAGGCAAGCAUGGAGUUUGGGGUAUUGUUUUUAUGUUAGUUUUUUUUUUUUUUUUAAUUUGUUUCCGUUUUAGAUUUAAUUUUAUAUAUUGUUGUUGUUAAGUACUGAUUUAUUUAAGAAGAGAAAAAAAAUUCAUACAGUGAACAUACAUGAGGACUAUUCAUUGCAUGUAGUGUGUUUUUUUUUAAAGCACUGUAUUACUGUGUUAGCCUAACGAGGGAAAUCCGCAACAUAACGAAAAGGCGCUUUCUCACAUACUGUAUAAUUCCUUGCUUAGUUCAGAUCAAUGAAAUUGACACGUUUCCUUUUGGGGACUUUUCCAUUUCACGUAACAACAAAAAAUACCUUGCAUGUGGAGACCGAUAGGAUUGGAUAUGUACUUUAUAUGUAGAUCUUUUAUUGAUUGGCUCUUUCGUGUAAAUGAGUCAAUUCAGGGUUGAAUUGUGUUCUCAAGUCAAUCAAACUGCACUAGGAUUCACUCACUUGGUCUCAGACUGGCCAUUUUGGUCCAUACCUAAGUGCGAUUGCUGGGUUCACACUUGCCUAAACAAACCACAUAGGUAAAAAUGCCAUAAGUUCAAAAUAAUUGCAUGUCUCCGAUUAAAAAAAACUAAAGAAGCUACAGUAUUGCUUAUGUUGCACAUAAGGACCACAGGAACUGAUGAAACUGGAAAGGAAGGUUUAUAAACAAGUUUGCUUGACAAUGUCAUGUUAUUUUAGAUGCUAAUUCUUUUUAAAGAUAUAAAAUAAAAUCAAUGAAGACAAAAGGGAGAAGUAUGAGUAGGGCCAGCUCUAGAGGAAGUGUCGGGGAGCCAUCAAUGCUAUGAAACAUGAAGAGUUUACAUAAGCCAAGUUUGAAAACUCAGGUCGAUUGAUUUGAUUUGGCGAUUUUUUUGGGAUGUUUACGUGUAAUCAAAAGCCAAUAAAUUACAGGAAUAGGUGCGUGACACCCUUUGAGGCAGCAGAAGGAACGGAGACUCACCACUGAGAGGUUUCUCAAUAAGAGGCAAGGUGUACAGUAUGUUCAUCUGAUUUUGGAUACAGUAUAAAGCAAAGGGUUUUUUGUGUUUGUAUGAUAAAAUCUCACAAAAACCUAAACUGGAGAAGAUGACAAACCUGCCAAGCUUUACCCAAGCCCAAAGAGUUCAAUUAGGUUAGUAGCACAGUGAAGCUACGCCAAGAGAUAAAAGCCUAGCGUCAGUGGAAAACGAUGACAAAAUAAAUGCUUCAAGCAAGGUAGAAUGAAGGAGCUGUUGACUAUUCGUUCGAUUCAUUCAUCCGAGAUGCUUCUUGCAUGAGCAAAUCUGCAGCAGACUCUGAUAAUACAGGUUAAGCAGAAAGAAGGUAAUAAACUCAAAGCAGUGUUGAUUUAUGAAGGAAUCAAAUCUCAAAAUGCAAUGCACAUUAAUACAUUUUAAACAGAUGAUACUGUUUUGUGCCUCAGUAGUAUUUAUUCAUAUUUAUUACUAUUUAUUGUUUAUCACUUAUCACUUGGCUGCUUUUUCUGAUAUUUGAAUGACCCACACACAUAUCCUCAAUAAGACCAUCAUGUUAAUGACUUGGAUCCUCCUCUUUGCCCCCUAUGAAAAGAAAUCCUAGAACCUCCUCUGAGUAUGAGAAGCCUGUUGUAGUAAAAUGAUAGAAAUAACAAUGCUACUGUAAAACUAGAAAUGGCUCUAACAAAUUUCAAAUGUUAUUUGUUAUAUUCUAAGAGGAACAGACAUUGUUGCAUAUCCUAUAACAUGUAGUAUGCUAUAUUUUAUAUAGUUUUGUCAAGCCAACUUAAAACUUUUUUCCUCAGAAAAAUAAAUAAAUUGUUUUUACAUCUUUUUAAAUGUUAUAUUACAUUGUGAAGUAUUUUAUUUUUCUUUAGAUGUAAUAAGUCCCGGACAUAUGGAAGGGUACCUUUGCUGUUGAACACUGUACAGUUUUGAUUUAAAAAAAAUAAAUAAAUAAGGAUAAUUCAAUUGUGAGGGCGAACGGUGGCUUAGGGGUUAGCAUGUACAUCAUACACCUCCAGGGUUGGGGGUUCAAUUCCCACCACAGCGGAGUUUGCAUG